GGUCGUACGGUCGGACCUCCCAACCAACUUCGCGAUAUUAUAAAAGUUUUCCGAACAAAUCAUUCGUUCUUCAUUCAAAUAUUUGCCUACGUGUAGGUAGUGAUUAAAAUGUUCCAAUAAUUUUGUGCAGUUUUUUUCCAAAAUGGCGGACGACGACAAAGAAGAGAGCAUGGAAGAGGAGGAAGGCACAGAGCUAGAAUUAGAGGCGCUGUACCGGCGAUACUGUGUUCGGCUGAAACAUGCGCUGUUUGUGUCGGCGCUCUGUGUCACUCUGCUGUGCUGCGCUGUACUGCUCUGCGCUGUGUGUGCGCUGCACUCUCAUGAGCUACCAACGCAAGUGAAGUCAAUAUCAUCACUAUCAGUGAUAACGUUCGUGCUGUCAGUAGUGCUAGCGCUUGCGCUGCUGCCAGCUGCGCCGGAGUGGGAGGCGUUCGCGCUGAUGGGCUCCGUGCUCGUCACACUGUGUCUCGGCAGCGGGACAUUGCUGGCCACGCAUCAUGCGCCGCUGCCACUGUUUGCUCUCAUAUUGAUGGUGCAUACAAUGAUGCCUAUAGCGCGUUCCAUAGCCCUUGGAAUGUCCGGAAUUCUGACCGCGGCCUACAUCGCGCUCGCACUAGUACAGGGUGAGCAGAGCGGUGAAAAACUGUUCUAUCAACAGUUGGUGUGCGAGUUGUCCCUGCUGCUGUCAGCGAGCGGCAUCGGGCUUUACUACAGGGCUCUCACGGAGAGAGCCCACAGAAACACUUUCGCUGGCACCAGGACCUGCUUGGAGCAACGCGUGAAGCUGGAGUGCGAGAGAGAGCAGCAGGAGCGGCUGUUGCUGUCUGUCAUACCCGCCUAUAUCGCUGCCGAGGUGAAACGCUCCAUCAUGCUCAAAAUGGCCGACGCUUGCGCCGACAGUUCGAAACAGACCAGGUUCCACGAGAUGCACGUCCAGAGACACAACAACGUCAGCAUUCUGUACGCCGACAUCGUCAACUUCACUCCUUUAUCUGAGAGGCUUAGUGCUUCUGACCUUGUGAAGACCUUGAAUGAACUCUUCGGGAGGUUCGAUCAGAUUGCUCAGGAGAACCAGUGCAUGCGCAUCAAGAUUCUGGGUGACUGCUACUACUGCGUGUCAGGGCUGCCAGUGUCCAGGCCCAACCACGCUUACAACUGUGUCAACAUGGGCCUUCAGAUGAUCGAUGCUAUAAGGUUCGUUAGAGAGGCAACAGGAUUCAACGUGGACAUGCGUAUAGGCAUCCACACAGGCAACGUGUUGUGCGGAGUCCUAGGGCUUCGCAAGUGGCAGUUCGAUGUUUGGAGCGAUGACGUCACGCUUGCAAAUCAUAUGGAGUCAGGCGGAAUUGCUGGGCGGGUUCAUAUCACAAAACCAACAUUGCUACAGCUGGGUGGAAGGUUUGAGGUGGAGCCAGGUGAUGGAGCCUCGCGAGAGGGGUACCUCGCUGACCAUAAGGUGGAGACAUACCUCAUUGUGCCGCCUAAGAAACCUUCGGAAAACGGUCGUCUCUCCGUCUGCACCGUAGACCGUAAAGCCAGCAUCGUCUCCUCCGUCUACAAUGACGUGUCUCCCACCAAACCCAGGGACAACAUAAGCCCGGCUCCUUCACAACACAGCUUCAUCGACGAGGUACCUCGAGGAGUCCUCAGGACCGAAUCUAUGAGAACUACAGGGCCUGGAGAUCUCAGCAGGCGAGCCUCAGUGAAAGUAGAAGGUUCCAAGACAGUUGCUUUUGAUGGCAACGCAACGAGUCCUGGCGAAGGACUGAUCAAUGGAGCCGUUGUUCCUGCCAAACCUAAGAGUCGAAGCGGUUCCAUUAUUGGAGCCAUCAGUCCUAUUAUGGGCACAGCUACUCCCGGAGUACCUAUGAGGUCUCGACCUUCCAGCAAGAUGACAAAAUACGUCGAAUGCUGGGGUGCUGAUAAGCCAUUUGCUAACAUCACUGACUCCACUCUUGCCAAAAAUAUUGGGAUUUCUAGUUUAGCUAUGAUUGAACAAAAUCUGCUUCCACAAAGGACAACUUGCUGUGAUUGCAGUAACAACUCAGAAGGUAUGAAUCGAGUGACGUUGUGGUUUAAGAGUGCCACACAAGAGCGACAGUACCGCAACCAAUCAGAUGCCCAGUUUAAGUACAACGUCGCGUGCGCAGCUGCGCUGUUCACCCUCCUCGCUCUGAUGCAGCUCCUUAUUGGGCCCAGAGGCAUCGUCAUGUACACAUCAUUCGGUCCUACCUUCAUUACUCUGUUCGUCUUUCUCUACCUAUGCUGGUAUGACGGACAGUUUCCUGGACGCGGCAUGCAUCCACUCUCUGAUGUCCCAGAUGACAUCUAUGCUGACAACUGCACUAAACCUGGACAGGUGGUGGCCAGCAACCGCUACAUAAGACUAACAAUGUUUUUGGUGUCCGUGCUUCUUAUCGGUGCUUGCGCAGUAAUCAAUUUGUACCAGGCUGACAUCGUUAAUGAAUACCCGAUAGAAGUACGCAGCACAAUUAAUGGCAGCACCCUGAAUAUAACCAGAUCACCUGUGUACGACAAUUUAGAUUCCGCUCCGAGCUACCUGUACAGCUCAGUGCUAACACUAGCUUCGAUAUCAGUGUUCCUUCGAGUCGGCUUCGUGCUCAAGUUUGUCCUGAUGUCUCUGACCCUGGUGACUCAUAUCUCUUUCUUUGCCACUGCUGAGCUCUUCGCGCAGUACCAGCUGGAACGGGAUUUGGAUACAGAAUUCUCAAUGCUUCCAUACGCGGCUAAAGCGGGCAUGGUGCUGGUAUUUCUUGCUGCGUUGCUGCACAUCCUGGACAGACAGAUCGAGUUCACAUCCAGGACUGACUUCUGGAAAGACAAGCUUAAGUUUGAACAGGAGGAGGUUGAGACUAUGAGGGGGAUUAACAAGAUUCUUCUAGAAAACAUUUUACCUGCUCACGUGGCGCAACACUUCCUGACUUCCGUUGCUUCAGAGGAAGAUCUAUACCACGAGCGGUACUCGAGCAUAGCGGUGAUGUUCGCCUCGAUCCCUAACUACAAAGAGUUCUACGAUGAGACUGAUGUCAACAAGCAAGGUCUCGAGUGUCUCAGACUGUUGAAUGAGAUUAUCUGUGACUUUGAUAAGUUACUCCUGAAGCCUAAAUUCAGCUGCAUAGAGAAGAUAAAGACGAUAGGCAGUACCUACAUGAUCGCCUCGGGGUUACGGCCUGGGAAAGAAGAGCAACUUGAUAGAAAAGAAGAGCAUACGGUAGCAAUUUUGGUGGAGUUUGCUAUAGCACUUAUGACGAUCCUUGAUCAAAUCAACCGGGAAUCCUUCCAGAGGUUUAAACUUCGUAUAGGAUUAAACCAUGGCCCAGUCAUAGCCGGAGUGGUAGGCGCUCAAAAGCCCCAAUACGACAUUUGGGGCAACACAGUGAACGUGGCGUCUCGGAUGGACUCUACUGGUAUCAUGGGCAAGAUACAAGUCACUGAAGAUACUGCUAAGAUUCUAAUGAGUGCAGGCUACACAUGCGAAUGCCGAGGGCCUACUUACGUCAAAGGAAAAGGAACUUUAGUGACAUAUUUUGUGAAAACACCUAAUAUAGGCGGGUGAACAUAGAGGCAUAGUAAAUAACAUCUAAAAAUAAUCUACUGUCGGUUAUAUAGAGCGAGAAAUGACAUUAAAUAUCAAUAAUAGUUUAUCAAUGUUUAAUAGUACCUACCUACGUGAAAAAUAUUUAAGCUUAGUACUUCGAUUUUGGAGAGAUCGUUUUUUGAAAAUGACUAUUAUAUUUUAGAAACUGUUUUUCUCUGUAUUUAAUAUGAAAUACCUACAUAUUUUAAA